CACAAAUGAACCUUUAACAAGGUACACCUGUUAAUUCAAAUAACAUUUUAUUUGUCACAUACAAAUGGUUAGCAGAUGUUAUUGUGAGUGGAGUGAAAUGCUUAUGCUUCAAGAUCUGACAGUGCAGCAGUAUCUACCAGGUAAGAUCCUUAUUAUUCUCUAUGUUUGGUUAGAUCAGGGUGUGACUCGGGUGGGAAAGUCUAUGUGUUCUAUUUCCUUGUUUUUGGCCGAGUAUGGUUCCCAAUCAGAGGCAGCUGUCUAUCGUUGUCUCUGAUUGGGGAUCAUAUAUAAGUUGUCAUUUUCCUUUUGGGUUUUGUGGGAUCUUGUUUUCUGUUUUUCACCUGACAGAACUGUGCGCUUUCAUUUUCACUUUUGUUAUUUUGUUUGAGUGUUUUUGAAUAUUAAAAUCAUGAACACUUUCCACGCUGCGUCUUGGUAUACUCAUUCUACCACCAACGAGAGCCGUUACAGAAGAUCCCACCAAAAACGGACCAAGCAGCGUGGCCAGGAGGAGUGGACAUGGGAAGAAAUCCUGGAUGGAGAAGGACCCUGGACGCGGGCCGGGGAGAAUCGCCGUUCAAGGAAGCAGAUGGAGGCAGCGAGAGAGGAACUGCGACGAUACGAGGAAUUAAGUCAUUGACCGAAGCCCGAGAGGCAGCUCCAAAAAUAUUAUUUUGGGGGGGCACACGGGGAGAUUGGCGGAGUCAGGGUUUAGACCUGAGCCAACUCCCUGUGCUUACCGUGGGGAGAGUGUGACCGGUCAGGCACGGUGUUAUGCGGCUCUGUGCCAGCUCCCCGCAGUUGCCGUGCUAGAGUGGGCAUUCAGCCAGGACGGACUCCUGGUCUCCGGUGUGUCGCUUCAGCCCAGGAUAUCCUGCACCAGCUCUACGCACUGUGCCAGCUCCCCGCACUUGCCGUGCUACAGGGGGUAUUCAGCCAGCUCUACGCUCCAGACCUCCAGUGCGCCUCCACGUCCCAGUAUAUCCUGCGCCAGUACGUCUUCUCAGUCCGGCUAAUGCAGGAAGUAACUGCAGCCCUCAGGAAUCACAGAAUACUGUUCCACCUCUUCUCUCCUUCUCUGGGAGCAUGCCAUCUGAACCUUGUGUCAGUGGGCAGGAGCUGGUAACAGACCAGAGGCUAUGCCAGUCCAAGUCUCACCAGGACUCCGUCCUCUCCGCCCUCAACCAGCAGAGGAAGGAUGGCCUACUCUGUGAUGUCACCCUGGUCGCCGGCGACCAGAAGUUCCACGCCCAUAAAGCAGUGCUGGCGGCGUGCAGCGAUUACUUCCGGGCCAUGUUCAGUCUGUGCAUGGUGGAGAGUGAGGCAGAUGAGGUGACUCUUCAGGGAGUGACCAGUGUGGGACUGAAACAUGCACUAGACUUCGCCUACACAGGACAGAUAAUGCUGGAGCCAGGGGUGAUUCAGGAUGUUCUGUCGGCAGGAAGUCACCUUCAGCUGCUGGAGCUGCUCAGUCUUUGCUCACACUACCUCGUCCAGGAGCUGAACAGUGUUAACUACCUGGACCUGUACCGUGUGGCCGAUCUGUUCCACCUCCCUGCUCUGGAGGAGGCUGUGGUCAGCUUCCUGGUAGAACACCUGUGUGAGCUGCAGCAGAGCCGCCAGGAGGAGGUGCUGCUGCUCCCCUACCGCCUCCUCAGGGAGGUGCUGAAGAGCGACCGCCUCACCUCCCUCAACGAGGAGGAGAUCUGGCAGCUGGUGGUGUGCUGGUUAGAGCAUGACUGUCGGUACCAGUACACCGAGGACCUGAUACAGCACGUUCGUUACGGCCUUAUGGACGUGGCCGCCCUGCACCACGUGGCACAGUGCCACCCGCUGGUCCAGUCCAGUGCCACCGCCGCCGCCCUAGUGGACGAGGCUCUAGAGUACCACCGUGCCACCUACGCCCAACCCCUCCGCCAGACCGCCCACACCAAGCCCCGCUUCCAGUCUCUCACCCUCUACAUCGCUGGCGGGCGCAAGCGCGAGGUGAGCCGCGUACGGGAGCUGCGCUACUUCAACCCGGCCGCCCAGGAGACCGUGCGCGUGGCCGGGUGCUCCAACUGGAGCGAGCUGGCGCCCAUGCCCGCCGGGCGCAGCCACCACUGCGUGGCCGUCAUGGGUCACUUCCUGUUUGUGGCAGGCGGCGAGGUGGAGCAUUCCACGGGGAGAACGUGUGCGGUGAGGACCGCUUGUCGUUACGACCCCCGGGGGAACCGCUGGACUGAGAUAGCCUCCAUGAAGGCGUGCAGGGAACACUUUGUCCUGGGGGCUCUGGGCCAGUACCUGUACGCGGUGGGGGGGAGGAACGAGCUGAGACAGGUGCUGCCCACCGUGGAACGCUACUGUCCGAAGAGGAACAAGUGGACCUUCGUCCAGUCCUUUGACCGCUCGCUGUCCUGCCACGCCGGCUGUGUGGCUGACAACCUGCUCUGGGUCUCAGGUGGAGUCACAAACACAGCUCAGUACCAGAAUAGACUGAUGGUAUACGACCCAGAACAGAACCAGUGGCUGGCCCGCAGUCCCAUGCUACAGAGGCGAGUGUACCAUGUCAUGGCCGUGGCGAGAAGGCAGCUGUAUGUGCUGGGAGGAAAUGACCUGGACUACAACAACGACCGCAUCCUGGUCCGCCACAUCGACUCCUACGACAUAGACAUGGACCAGUGGACCCGCUGCACCUUCAGCCUACUCACGGGUCAGAAUGAAUCUGGAGUGGCAGUCCAUGAUGACCGAAUCUAUGUUGUCGGUGGAUAUUCUAUCUGGACCAAUGAGCCCCUAGCGUGUAUUCAGGUGUUGGAUGUGAGCACGGAGGGGAAGGAGGAAGUGUUCUAUGGACCAACUCUACCGUUCGCCUCCAAUGGAAUAGCAACGUGUUUCCUUCCUGCCCCAUACUUCACCUGCCCCAACCUCCAGACUCUACAAGUGCCCCAUCACAGGAUAGGGCCUGUCUAACACACUAAUAUAGACUACAGUAAAUGUCUACAUAGAUACAUCAUGCAGCUCUUAUGGACAUACAACUAUGUAACACAAAAUAACUCAUUUACAACAACACCACUCCCCCCCCCCUCUCUUCCUCUAAAUGCAUUCACACACUAUUGCCACCCAGAAAAGAUUACCCACGUCUUCCCCAGUUUCAGGAUCCCAACCUAACCACUCCCAAGUGCAGGUGUCACUGCCCAUCCUUGACACUACCCAUAAACUGAACAAAAACGUGGCCCUGUAUGAAAGGAGGGUCCUCGAGGACAUUGAGGAGGUUCCCUAUUCAGCUACCCUGUGAUGAUGGACUGAUCUUCCAUCAGCUGCAGGGUUUGGGUCAAUUCCAUUUCAAUUCAGUCAAUUCAGGAAGUAAAACAGAAAUUCUGAUGACAAUUUUGCUCAUUGAAAAGCAUUGAGAAUAAUAGAUAUUCGAUUGGAAUAAUAUAUCCCGAACUGCCAUAGAAUUGACCCCAAACCCUGCUCAGAUGACUGGUUGAAAUAAAGGGGCAGCACUAGUCAAUGGUGCAGAACAGGAGAUCGCAAUGCUGGAGCACUCAAGGGGAGCAGAGCUCUCUACGGAGUGAAAUGACUCCCUCUUUUACUAAUGCCCUCUAGGGCUAUUGGCACUCUAACUAGCUGUACUUACUUACUACUUACCAUAACCCAUCUACUCCAUACAAAGCCAAUGGACCCAUCAUUUCAACUGAAACCGGUUAUGUGUGAACUGUGGACCCAAUCUUACUCUUUUCUUGAGCGUGUGUUUUCUAUUCAAGCUCAGGAUUUAAGACUGUUUAAACAGUUCAAUGAAUGUCUGACCACUGUUAUCAUACAGUGCAUAUACUCAACAUACUGUGUGUAGGAGAACCUAAGCUAUGUGUUGCCGCUGUCUUAUGCCAUUUUCAAAACGUCUUGUUUUACUUUGAGCAAAAAAAGACAUAAGUAAUUCUGUAACUCCACCAGCCUCCAGCAGUGAGAGGAAGUGUGAGAAAAAAAUGUAUGUCUUGUUUUCAGAAUAAAGAGGUACAGUACUGUAUCAAUAAAGCCCAUAAAUUGAAUCGAGCAAGUUAA